GAACCAUUUGAUUAUCAUAUUGGACAUUUUAACGCUUGGUGACAGCAGCAUCAGUCAAUAAUCAAAAACACAAAAACAAUUUAAAAAACGGAGAACUCUUCAACAACCACCACUAAACUCUCCAUUCUCCGUUUAUUCUCAUCAAUUACACAACAAUUUGUCAGAAGUGUCAGAAGUCACUGGGUCACUAAAAAAUUUCUCAACAGCUAAUUGAUCAAUUUUUUAGCUACAACAAGAACAAAGAAACAAGAUAAUAGUAUCAAGAUUGUGUUUUUAACUCUUUGAUUACUGACAGUUAAAAUGUCACUCUCAGAAUACGUACGUCGGGAAGAUUUAAAAACACUUUAUGCUCUUCCUAUGAAGGAAGCAAGUAAAAAAUUAGGAGUGAGUGAAAGUAGUUUGAGAAAUAUUUGUAGAAAACACAACAUUGAACGAUGGCCAUAUCGUAAAUUUCAACAAUUAGACGCUCACAUUGCCUCAUUGCAAAAUGUCGAAGUUUCACAACAAUCUCAACAACAAAAAGAAAUGAUUGAAAGUUUAUUAAGAGCUCGAUCAAUUCUCGAAGAUAAUCCAAACAUGACAUGUGAAAUGGCAAUUCUACAAGCUAACAAACAGUUACUGGCCAAUAAUCCACAAAAUGGAUCUCAGGUUCAAGAAAUGACAGCUCAAAUGAUGAACAUGAUGAAUCAGAAUCCAUCAAUGGAUGAUGCUUCUCCAACCAUUAGUGAAAAUUCAUCACUUCAUCAUUCAAUGGGUGGUGGUGUUGGUAAUAAUAAUAAUAAUUUGGAUAAUUCUUCAAAUCAAAUUCAACGAAGUCCAAUGCAUCAGCAUCAUCAUCAUGGAACAACGUUUGUGCCAAGUUAUCCAACUCAUGUUACUUCACAUUUGAGUGCUAGUGCUGCAUUGAGUGCAAUGGCUAGACGAAAGAAACAUCCACAAUAUGUUUCGAAUAAUGCAGCUUCGUCUUCUAUAUUAGAUACUUUGGAUCAACAAUCUAGAUCUACAUCCAUGUUUUCAGUUCAAUCCAAUCCAACAAUUGAAAUUCAACAACCAAAUAGAUUUACAGAUUCUGAUGUCAUGAAUCCACAACAUCAUGCCUAUUUGCAUCAUCAGACAAUUCUCAAUUCUCAUAAUCCACAUAUGAGAAGUGUUUCCUCUGAUAAUAUUUUCCCAUCAGCAUCGAAUGGAAUGAUUGGUGUUGGUAAUAUGCAAGGUAAUUCUUCAAUGGAAAUGAUAACAAAUAUGGGUGAGAGAAGAGGAGCUGUUUCACAUAGAGAUUCAUUGGCUUUUGGACAGGGAUUUGUGUUGGUCAAUCAGGGAAGUGGUGGUUCAGUGAUGGACGAAUCGAAUGAGUCCUCCACCACAGCAAGUGAACAACAAUCAGUUUAUUAUAAUGGUGAACUAUCUCCACAACAGCAAUACUCUCAACAACAACACAAUAAUGGAAUGAUGUUUAAUGAGUAUCAAUUAUUGGAUCCAAAUGUGAAAUCACGACACAUUUCUCUAUUGAAACAACAGAGAAGACCACCUCCACAACCACCACGUUCACUCUCCACUUCAACUGCACUCUCACCAAUGCCCAAUUUAAAUUCCUCUCCUCAACUGCAGCCACAAUAUCAAUCACCAAAUGCCUCCAAUAAUAGAAGUAGCAAUUCCAUGAUGCAAGAUCUUCAAAUUAAUAAUAGAAAAUUCACAUCGACAACGACACCACCUUCCUCCUCACACAAUUCAUCACUGAGAAGUAGUUCAGCAUCUCACACAGAUUUUGAUUCACCUUUUAUAGAUAUUAUGCAAUCAGAUCAGGAGGGAGAUAUUUCAAUGGGUGAUAAUUUCCUUUCUUCACCUUCAAUUCUAAUUAAUAAUAGAUUAUCUGAUGAUCAAAAUUCAACUCAUCCUUUCCAAAGAACAAGUCAAUCUUCACUAACGAGUCAAGUUUCAUUGAAUAGAUAUUUACUAGAUUCACCUAAUCAUCACGAUUUUGAUUUUGUUUCAAAACAAGAACAACGUGAGAAUAAUCAUAGAAUCUUGGAAGCUUUGAGAAUAACACCAACUACACCAUCAAAUAAUUCUGUUGGUAGUAGUGUUAAUAAUCUGUAUGAUCCUCUAUUUGAUAGUAAUGCCUUCUUAAGAGGAAGAACAAGUUCAGUUUCGUCUACUUUCUCAGAUGGUAUGUCAACUCCAAUGACUCCAACAGGAGAAGGUGGAAGAUUGUCAAAUGCAUCAAAUUUAAGUUUAAGACUUUCACACGGCAUGAAUUCUGAUUUUAAUUUUUCCAAUAACAAUUAUUAA